AGUCCUACCUCCUCACAUUUCAUGGCCGAAGAAAGCGAGGCAGUAAAGAACAGAAACGAGUUGAUUUCAGGAACAGUCGCCGGGUUUGUGUGCAAAUUUAUUGAAUAUCCUCUGGAUACUGCCAAGGUACAAGCGCAGACACAGGCAAUCGAUGGGAAGGCGGUGUCGCCGAUAGCUUUGCUUCGCAGAACCAUCCGGAACGAUGGAUUCCUCGCCCUAUACCGUGGAUUGCCCUCCCCUUUGCUGGGCUCCAUGGCGGAGAACUCUGUCCUGUUCAGUUCAUACGGGCUAGCACGAAGAAUGUUGACAAAGCCAGGAGACGAUCCAGACAAGCUUCCCUUCUCGUAUAAGCUUGUCUGCGGAUCGUUCUCGGGAGCUUGCGUUGCAACCGUCCUCACACCCGUCGAGCUGAUUAAAUGUAGAAUGCAAACUGUAAACGAAGGAGCUGUCAAAUACAAGAACUCUUGGGAAUGUUUGGCUCGGACAGUCAAGACAGGAGGUGUGAUGUCACUCUUUCAUGGGCAUGUUGGCACUCUGUGCCGUGAGGUUCCAGGCAAUGCUGCUUGGUUUGGAGGAUACGAGCUUGGGGUGUAUCUCCUCACGCCUAAGGGAGGCAGCAAGAGCGAUGUUCAUCCAGCGGGAUUGGCAGCAGCCGGAGCGCUUGGGGGAAUGAGCUAUUGGUUCUUUCCCUUCCCAUUUGACGUCGUCAAGUCAAAGAUUCAAACUGGAACACACGGGUUGCCCGUUGGGUCCAAAGUCAACGUCGUCACAGUGUUGCUGCACGUGUUGAAGUCGGAAGGAAUCGUUGGUCUCUAUCGUGGAUGUGGCCUUACAGUGGCUAGGGCUGCUCCUUCCAACGCAUGCCUCUUCGUUGCUUACGAGAUGACGAUGCGGCUUUUGCGUGGCCAGCCGCUGUUAGGAGGAAGUUCGCAUUGAACAGAAAUCCUCACUCAGCUGCCAUCGGAGCUAUCCGGCCGCUCAGCCUUGAAAGGGGCAACGGUGUUUACGC